AUGUCUUCCCGUUUUGUGUCAGGCGGUACGACUGAUGCUGAGACGGGCGAAAUCGUGCCCGCGGACCCGUCGACGUCGACAUCGACCUCAGCAGCGCCCGCCGCUGGGGGCAGCAGUAGCGCUAAGAGGUCGGAGGAGUGGGCCGCCGUGCAGGCGCAGGUCGAGGAGGAGCGGAGGCGCCGACAGCAGCUCAGGGAAGAAGCAGCAUCGCGCGGCGGCGGCGAGGGCGAAAAGUCGCUGUAUGACGUUCUCCAGGCCAACAAGGCGGCCAAGCAGGCGGCGUUCGAGGAGGCCAACAAGAUAAAGAACCAGUUCCGGCCGCUCGACGACGACGAGGUCGAGUUCCUGGACGGCGUGAGAGAGCGGAAGAGGGCCGAGGAGGAGAGGCUGCGGCAGGAGACGGAGGAGGGUCUCAAGGGGUUCCGCGAGCUGCAGUCCAAGAUCUCAUCCGGGGAGGCCGCCCCGGGGGACGAGGACGCUGUCGCGGGUGGGGGGUGGAGUGUUGGCAGGAAGAGGAAGAGGCGGAAGGACGAGCCCGAGGGCCUGAUCAAGGGGUUGAAGAGACGGAGUAGCGGGGCUGCUGUUGAAACGACUGAUACGGCAGCCUCCACGCCGCCUGCUGCUGCGAAGGAUGCGCGAGAGACGCAGGAGCCUGCGACGAAACCUGCUGCAGCGGCAGCGACGAAACCAAAAGUUGGCCUCGUCGACUACGGCUCAGACGAUAGUGACUGA